GCUCUUGUUAUGUGAGGCCAAGUUCCGGUCUGGACUCAAUGGCGGCUUCGAGACGCUGUGAGGCGGUUUCAAAUUAAAGAACUGAACUUAAACCUUCGUCGUGACUCCCGGGACGGACUAAGCCGCUUGCUGCUGGAGAUCGAGCGGCUCCGGACCCAGAGUCCCACCUCCUUCGUGCCGCAGCCCGAGCGGGGCCGCAGGCCCAGGACACCAUGGCGGUGGACAGGCCGUCGCUCACUGUGGUUUACCAGGCCGUCAAAGCGCUUUACCACGACCCGGAUCCGGCCGGCAAGGAGCGCGCUUCCGUGUGGCUCGGCGAGUUCCAGAGAUCGGUGUAUGCUUGGGAGAUUGCAGACCAGCUACUUCAGUUACAGCAAGAGGUGGAGCUCUGCUACUUUGCAGCUCAGACAAUGAAGAUGAAAAUUCAGACAUCAUUUAAUGAACUUCCCCCUGAAACACAUGCGUCUCUACGAGACUCGCUACUCACCCAUAUUCAGAACUUGAAGGACGUAUCUCCUGUGAUUGUUACACAGCUGGCUCUGGCGAUUGCAGAUCUUGCCCUGCAGAUGGCUUCAUGGAAAGGAUGUGUGCAAAUGCUAACUGAAAAGUAUGGCAGUGACCCCUCAUCCCUGUCCUUCUUGUUAGAAAUCUUGACUGUGCUCCCAGAGGAAGUUCACAGUCGCUCCCUUCGAAUAGGAGCCAACCGCCGCACUGAAAUAAUUGAGGACCUGGCAUACUCCUCAAGCACAGUGGUAUCCAUGCUGACAGCCUGUACAGAGAGUUGUGGCAAUGAGGAGAAGACUCUGAUGAAAGUGUUCCGAUGCUUGGGCAGCUGGUUUAACCUGGGUGUUUUGGAUAGCAACUUCAUGGCAAACAACCGACUACUGUUAAUCCUUUUUCAGGUUUUGCAACGUGAUGAUACAUCAACAAACCUGCAUGAGGCUGCAUCAGACUGCAUCUGUUCAGCACUCUAUGCCAUUGAGAAUGUAGAGACAACCCUACCUUUGGCUUUGCAUCUAUUUCAGGGUGUCCUGACUCUAGAAUCUGCAUAUCAUAUGGCUGUGGCACGUGAGGAUCUUGAUAAAGUUUUGAAUUAUUGUCGGAUUUUUACUGAGUUAUCUGAGACAUUUCUGGAGGUGAUCGUACAGACCCCGGGACAAGGGCUUGGUGACCUGCGGACAUUGGAACUAUUACUGAUUUGUGCAGGACAUGCACAAUAUGAGGUAGCAGAAAUCAGCUUUAACUUCUGGUACAGAUUGGGAGAGUAUCUCUACAAAAUGAGUGAUCCAUCACGCCAUGCUGUCUUUCGACCUUACAUCCAGCGACUGCUUCAUGCCUUGGCCCGGCACUGCCAGCUGGAACCAGAUCAUGAAGGAAUUCCAGAAGACUCGGAUGACUUUGGAGAAUUCCGGAUGAGGGUGUCAGAUCUUGUGAAGGAUGUGAUAUUCCUCGUUGGGUCAAUGGAGUGUUUCACACAGCUCUAUUCUACAUUGAAAGACAGUGGACCUUCUUGGGAGAUCACAGAAGCUGUUCUCUUUAUCAUGGCUUCCAUAGCAAAGAGCGUAGAUCCUGACAAUAACCCUACCUUAGCUGAAGUGCUUGAGGCUGUGGUCCAGCUCCCGGACACUGUGCACAUUGCAGUCCGAUUCACUAGCAUUGAACUAGUUGGAGAACUGAACGAGGUUGUUGAUAGAAAUCCCAGAUUCUUAGAUCCGGUGUUGAAUUAUUUGAUGAAAGGGCUACGAGAGAAAACACUUGCUUCAGCAGCAGCCAAAGCCAUUCAGAACAUCUGCACCUCCUGCCGCGAUCAUAUGACUCAGCAUUUUGAAGGCCUGCUGGAGAUUGUUCGUUCCCUUGACACCUUCAGCCUCUCUCACGAAGCUGCCAUUGGCCUUCUAAAAGGUACAGCACUUGUUCUCUGUCGGCUUCCUCUGGAGAAAAUCACUGAAUGUCUCAGUGAGCUGUGUGCUGUGCAAGUCAUGGCAUUAAAAAAGCUCCUGGCACAAGGGCCCAGCAGUGACCUAGCUACAGAUCCCACCAUAUGGCUGGAUCGGCUGGCUGUUAUUUUUAGACAUACAAAAUCCUAUUGUUGAAAACGACAGACGCAUCCAUGUCAGAAGGUGAUACAUGAAAUCUGGCCUGUCUUAUCUGAAACCUUGAACAAACACCAAGCGGACAAUCGGAGUGAGCGCUGCUGCCGGUGUUUACGAUUUGCUGUGCGUUGUGUGGGGAAAGGCUCUGCAGCAUUACUUCAGCCUCUGGUUACUCAGAUGGUGAAUGUGUAUCGAGUACACCCACAUUCUUGCUUUCUCUACCUCGGCAGUAUUCUGGUUGAUGAGUAUGGAAUGGAGGAAGGAUGCCAGCAGGGAUUACUGGACAUGGUGCAGGCCUUGUGUAUGCCAACUUUUCAGCUGCUCGAACAACCAAAUGGCCUUCGGGAUCACCCGGACACAGUGGACGAUCUUUUCCGCCUGGCAACCAGGUUUAUUCAGCGGAGUCCAACUACGCUCCUCCAAAGUCAGAUCAUCGUUCAUAUCUUGAACUGUGCUAUCGCAGCUGUCAUCCUCGACCACCGGGACGCUAACUGCAGUAUCAUGAAAUUCUUGCGGGAUCUUAUCCACACAGGGGUUGCUAAAGAUCACGAGGAUGACUUUGAACUGCGAGAGGGUUUGAUCAAGCAGGUGAUGGCCCAACACGGACAGCAGCUAGUCAACCAGCUGCUUCAAGCUGUGUGCUUCUGCCUUCCCCCAUAUACCCUGCCGGAUCUAGCGGAGGUUAUAUGGGAAAUAAUGCAAAUUGACAGAGCGACAUUUUGCAGAUGGUUGGAAGCUUCACUCAAGUCAUUACCUAAGGAAACAGCAGGGGGUGCUGUCACAGUGACACACAAGCAGCUGACGGACUUCCAUAAGCAAGUCACCAGUGCUGAUGAAUGUAAAAAGGUUUGCUGGGCUUUGAGAGAUUUCACGCGCCUCUUCCGAUAGCUGUGUUCACAAAUCCAUGACUUGCAUCAGUCUCCCAGAGGACCGUAUCUCAAACAAACAGACUGGAAAUGCAAAUAUAAACUAAACAAACCGCCAUGGCUGGGUACCAGCAAGAGCAAAUGGGGCAAACAAUCACAAGCAGAGGUCGGUAGCCUGCGCGAGAAGUGCCAAACACCCUACUGCAUAACGCCAUAUGGCUGGAGCUUCCCUGGCAUUGUGCAUCAGGGCAUGCGAGGGGUUGGGGGAAGUCCAGGAUUUUAUUUCCCCUUCCCAGCUUCAAGAUGGCUUCAACAGAGGAGCAACAGCAUGAAUGAACAGCUGCCAAAAUGACUGGCAGUGGAAAUUCAGUUGCCUUGAGCUUGUAUGUAAAAGGGAGGAUCUGGAAUAAACCAGCUUUUAAUCCACCAGAGUUCCUUCAGGGAGGAGUUUGUUUUGUUUUUUUUUUGGUGGGGUGGGAAGAGGGCAGGGGAGUUUACUGUGCACUGCACAAGAGACUUUCUUAAUGACUUUUAAAAUGAAAAUCAUUUAGUGUUCAUGAUUAACAGACUAAGGGCAAUAUUGGCUGUGUAACUCCAGCUGUGAGACAACUUAAAAAUUCUAGGAAGAGUGUUAGUUUUAAAAGAAAACACAAAAUCCAAAAUUCCUAAAAUGGAGCCAUGGAUCUCUGGGACGUGGAGUUGUGAAUCUGAGCCCAACCUUUAGCAAAAUGCGCAGGAGGCAGGGUGGGAAUCGGGGAAAGGAGGAUGUGGAAAAGUUUUACCACGGUGAUUGUGAAGAUUGCAACCACGACUGAACAAGUCAAGAGAAAAGUAGUGAGUGAUGAUGUGAGUGGGCACUGGCUGUUUUAUGGCAGCAUACUAGGACUGUGCUGUCAAGCUGGCUGGGAGGGAUGUAAUCCCGGGGGUGGGUGAAGAUUUGAGCGUAUGCAAGUGCUGUUCCGUCUGGUGUUGUAGCCAUCUCGAGAACAAUAAAAAAAAAAUGAAUAAUAAAUCUGUGUGUCUUUUUUUACAAUGGUUUGUGCAGAAUUUACAGAAAAGCAGCUGGUCAUUUGGCCAAACUCAACCCAUGCCCAGAGUUUUUGCUCCCCUUGAGCCUACUUGCACUCAAUGUUAUCUAACCCUAUUAACAUCUGUUUUUAUUGCUUUCUCUUUGGCAAUUAUCUGGCUCGGUCUUAAAUAUUUGAAAGCUAUUUGCCUCAGCUAAUCCAUAUGUUAGUAAGUUUCACACCAUUCUCUGGGUAAAGAGGUUAACCUUCCCAUCACAACGUUGCAACACACUGGACUAGGAGUUGCAUGUUAACUUCAAAUCUUGAUGAGUGGCUUGUAGGAUGAAAAUUGCACCACUCUCCAUUCAUUUUUAAAGUAGGAUAAUUUUCUCCACCUCCUCUAAUGGCUGAUGCUAUAUGGGAAGGGGAGGUGUUAGUUACUGUGGAGGCCACUGCAAGGGGCUGAUUCCCAACUUCUUCCUCAGGGCAAGGCACACACCCCAUAUGUAUUGAUGAGUCAUUCAUUUGGUCAUGCCAGGUUUGCUCCUUCAGUUUAUGAGCAGGUGAUUCACAUGGCACUUCCUACAAUUCCACUACUUCAAGCAAGUUUCCAUUGCUGUAAUCAGUUGUUGGGAAGUUGGUGAAAUUUGUUAAGAAUCUGACACUGGGGUAUUUUGCAUAAUCAUAUCUUGGUUUUCUAUGUCAACUAUGGUUUUAUAAAAGAGAAAUGUUUGACAAAUCUAAUAGAUUAUUUGAGGAAGUAUCUUGUAAGAUAAGUUUACUACAUAUUGUCUAUGUUGCAAAAGGUUGUUAAAUAAAAUAAGGGCUGACAGGAUUGUGGGAUAGAGGAUUGUUGAUGGAUGGAAAAAUGAGUGGGAAUAAAUGGUUAUUUUCAUAUUGAUAGUCUGGUGCUAACGGGAUGUAACAAGAGUCAGCAUUAGACCUAUUUCCCUAUCUACAGUCAAUAGUGAGUUAAAUGAAGGGACCAUGGGCAAGGUCUCCAAGUAUGAUGCU